AUGCAGGCGAUCCGUGAGACGAUUUACUCGUUCAAAGCGCGUUGGUUUGACACGCACGCUCAACUAAAUCGCCACUACAACGUGCGGUACUUUGUGGACACGCAUAACGUUGAGAUUUUUGACACCAAGACCAGUCGCCUCUUUCUCAAAAAGAGCGAAUGUCCACCCACGCUUUCGGCUAAAGACUUUUUCUUAGGAGCUAAAGUUCUUAUCUAUGGCCGCCAUUUCGAGCUACAAGACUAUCUGGAUCCCUUCACCGCCGAAAAGCUUGGACGACAGCAGCAAAAGUCCGUUCUUGUAAUCAAAAAGCGCAUGGUGGAUCAUAUUGGGGCUAUUUUACAAUUCUUGUCGCACCAAAAGUUUGCGUUUUCUGCGAUUAAAAUGAUGCGAGUAGAUCGAUCUCAAGCGGAGAAAUUGUUCGAGCUGCACCGCGGCACUGACGACUUUGAAAACCGAGUCGACCAAUUAACUAGUGCUCCCGUUGUUGCAAUGGAGAUUGUACAAGAAAAUUGUCUAGAAGUACUUAAGCAGGUUGUGACUAAUUUGAGUUCGCGUUUUGAUGCGCAACCUGGAGAGUUGCAGUGUGCUGCAUCCGUUCUGGAAGCUAACCAGCUGCGCACAUUUUACUUUGAAACACUACAUGCUUCUACUGCGACAUUUGAGAAUUGUACAUGCUGCGUCGUACUUCCACAUGUGAUAAAAGAAGGAUUAGUGGGUGAUGUGGUCUCUGCGAUCCAGCGUGAUAGCGGCGUUCGGAUUACGGCGAUGGAGCUUUUUCGUCUCGAUCGGAUCAAUGCUGCAGAAUUUCUUGAGGUCUACGAAGGUGUUGUACCGCACUUCAAUGAAUCUGUUGAUCAUUACACUACUGGACCAUGCUUAGCUAUGGAAUUAGUGGGUCAACACACUUCCGACGUCGUAGCGCAAUUUCGUGUCAGUGCCGGUCCCUGGGACGUCGAGAUGGCGAAAGAACUUAAACCGCAGACAAUUCGCGCCAAAUUUGGCAUUGAUCGUGUUCGAAAUGCCAUACACUGUACUGAUCUUCCUGAGGAUGGCAUUUUGGAAUGUCAAUACUUUUUCGACAUUUUAUCACGGCGCCAAGUGCGUAGUAAUAACUAA